AUGGCAGCACCAUUCAUCGGAUUAGGCCUCAAAGCCGCAGAUGCCGUGAUAGACAAACAUUUCCACAAGAUCCCAGACAAAUACGUCCACGUCGACACAUAUACACCCAAGAAUCUACCACUCCCUUUCAAAAAGAAGAAGAAGUCGACACGAGAGGGCGGUCAAAGUCGAUCUCCAGAUGACGAGACGAGAUCUCGAUCACCUUCGCCAGAAUAUGAUAUCGAAGAGAUAGACGAAGUUCCAAUACAACGAGAUAUACCCAGACAUUCGGGUGCAGCUCCAAGUCAAUUUGUGAAUCCUGCUACGGCUUAUCCUCCGCAAUACAGUAGUCUUCCACCGCAUGUUAGAACAGAAUAUAUCCCUCCUCCACCGAUAGGAGUGGUCUAUCCACCACCACCACCACCACAAUCUAAUGGGCAGUUCCCUCCACAACAAGCCUAUAAUCAGUUUCCACCUCCUCCGUCCCAACAAUAUCCUCCAUCUCCACCUCAAACAGUAGAUCCUUCCCAAGUCGACAGUCGCAGCUCAAGAGAUCACAGACAUCGACGCAGAUCAGGAGGACGAGAUCUAAGUCCCGAAGACGACCGUCGCAGUCGUGCCCCAAGACACAUCCGAAGAAGCAGCCCCUACGAUGGAAAACACACCAGCAGAUACACCCCCAACGACGACACCGAAACCGAGUUCUACCGUUCCCGCCGCCCAAAACACACACGCCGAAGCAGUCCCUACGAACCCCCACGAAAUCAAGAAAUCUCCCGCUAUGCCGCACCAGAGGAUACCUAUUCCGAAGCUUCAAACCUGCGGAGAGCGGAAACGGCGCCCAAAACAAGAGAAUUGAACGCGUAUGACGAGGAUUACGAUAUUUAUCGCUCGCGCGCCCAUCGUCCGCGUAUGGAAACCAGAAGAAGCAGUUCAUUCCAUGGUCGGGAAUCGAAUUACCAAUACACCGCCACACCUCGCGACAGGAGACGUCGGCAGAACAGUCUCGGUUCUGGAUCUCGCCGCUACGACGAUGAUGCUCCCAGAUCUGAAGACGGCAAAGAAAACAACCAAUUCUUCACCAAGAGCAAAGAAGGACUGCUUUCCGGCGCCCUAGGUGCCGUGGUUGGCGGAUGGGCUGCGGAUCGGUUGCAAAAGGGUGGAUCCGGCAGGGAGAGGAAGAGUAGUGGGAAGGGAGGGGAAGAUGAUAAAUUAUUGACGCUUCUUGGGGCUGCGGUGGGUGGGUUGGCGGUUAAUGCGUUGGUGGAGAAGAGGGAGGAGGGUAAGGCGAGGAAGGGGAGGGAGGAGAGGGUGAGGAAGGAUGGGAGGGUUUAUGAGUGGGAUGAUGGGUAUAGUUAG